UGCAAUUCUGAUUUUUAUUACUUAACGUGUGCUAACAUGUCACUGGUAUACGCUAUGGAUCUAAAAUUGCACGACUUCCAGAUAUUAGUUCUUGACAAAUUACGAAGAAGCAUACUAUCUUCUCUGGGUAGGGCUAUUGUGGAAAUAUCCUGUUUUCAAGUAUGUCCAGAGUGCACUGCUAUGGCUUAUGAAGGAAAAUUCACAGAUUUAGUUCUAGAUAAACCAAAGAAUAUUAUUGAUACUGAAUGGGACCAAUAAAUGAGUACUUGUGUUCUCGGACCUUUGAUCUUACGCAAGACAAUUUCCUGUAUUAAUCCUUUUUCUAUCAACCAUCCACCACCAUGCAGUUAUAUCUUGGGUUCAUCAUAUUGCUUGAACACUACACCUAUGAUCCAAUUAAGGUUUUUCCCGGGUUCAUUAUCUCAGGAUUUCUAGUCUAUUCCCCACGUUCAGAAAAACAUUUUAUCUAUUCAAUUCACA